UUCCAUAUUAUUUUUACAUACAAUUCCGCAUUCACGCAGAUAAUAAGAAGCGGAAGAGGCGUUUUGUUUUGAUCCCGCGUCGCCUCUCCUCGCUGCUCUCCUGUCGGGGAGGAAUUCACCUGUCCGGUUAGACGAGUGCAUCACGUGAUCUCAAAGUUUUUAUACGGAGGCGCGUCUCUGCGAAUGAAAUGAUUAAUUAACUCGCUUCCUCGUUCACUCACACAGACAGAAACACAGCGAAGCCAAAACGCAGUCUCACUUUAUCUUAGCAAUUACAUUAAUUUAUUCAUUCAUUUAUUGUUUGAGUAAAAACGGUUUUUUUGGUUAACUUCAGAACUCGGGCGUUUCCGACACUCGGAUAUUCUCAGUGCGAUUCAUAGAGAAAGUUUUUUUUAAUUUUUUGGCGAUGAGCAGCGCGUGGAUUUUGCCUCAGGGGUGUGUGUUGGUGAUGAUGCUGCUGGUGUGUGAGUCGCACGACGCUGAGGAAGGUGCAGUGUUUCUGGAUGAGAAGGCUGCUGUCUCUUUCCUCGGUCGAUCUCUUCUCUAUAACAGCUGGGAUUUCGAGGCCGUGGUCCCUGAUAAUCUGGAGCGGGAGUGCGUGGAGGAGGUGUGCUCGUACGAGGAGGCACGCGAGUGCUUUGAAGACGACGCGGCCACGAAUAACUUUUGGAAAACGUACGUAGAGGCACACUCUCCAGCCCCCUUUGUUGAUGUCAGUGGUCUCGUUGCUGGUUUGGUGGCCUCUGUGCUUCUUGUUGUGAUCGUAGUAGUGCUCUGCUGUUACUGCUGUAAAACAAGGAGGAGACUGAAUCACAGCAGAGGAGGCAGUAUUCCUGUCAGGAUGUCAGCUGACCCUGAGAGACCGGGGGAGGUGAUACCUUUGACCGAUAUCCCAGAAGCCCUUGAGGCUCCGGGGCUCCCGUCCUAUCAGGAGGCUUUAAACAAGUCCGGUCAACAUGACGCCCUUCCCCCUCCUUACACAGGAGACCAGCCUGCUGAACCAGCCAAUGAGACGACAGAAUGAAUCGACGGAAAUGCCAGGAUGUAGGGGUCGGGUUUAGGGUGGGGGGCGU